AUUUUUGAUUUCAUUUCUUGUUUCAUUCUUUUUUUUUUUUUUUACUUCUUCACUUUCAAGUGUUUUUUUAGAGCGUCUUGUAUCCCAUCCAUAGGGUUAAAUCGUUACUUGCGACAAAUCAAAAACACAAUCCAUCCAAAUCCUUAUCCAUCCAUCAUGUCUGCUGAACUUGCUGUCGUUUACGCUGCUCUCAUCCUUCAAGAUGACAAUAUCGAUAUCACUGCUGAUAAGCUUCAAACUCUUGUCAAGGCUGCUGGUAUUGAUGUUGAACCCAUCUGGUUCUCCUUGUACGCCAAGGCUCUCCAAGGUCAAAACCUCGGUGAACUCCUUUUGAACGUUGGUGCCCCUGGUGCUGGUCCCGCUGUUGCUGGUGGUGCUGCUGUUGCUGGUGGUGCUGCUGAAGAAGCCAAGGAAGAAGCUAAGGAAGAAGAAAAGGAAGAAUCUGACGAGGAUAUGGGUUUCGGUCUUUUCGAUUAAAGAAUGAUUUGUAGAUAGUAUUUGUUUUAUCAUCCUCUAUUUGUGAAAUAAAAUAUCAUACAUCCUUUCUUUUUUGAAAAAAAAAAUAAUCAACAAUAUACAACUGGACUUUUUUUUUAUUUAUUUUUAUUUUUUAUUGUUAUUAUCAAAUGCAGAGAUAGAAAGAGGAGGGUAGUCAUCAAGAAAA